GCAUUCUCAGCAAUGCUAGCUGGUGUGGUAGUACUAUGACUCAGUGGCAGCAGCAGCAGCAGCAGCAGUGGUAAAACAACCUUAGUUUUAAACUAUGGACUUUUAGGAAGAUUUAGUGCUAGUGCAAAACAAGCUGUGUGUGGGAGGAAAUUAGGCUAUAUAUAUAAAAAUAUAUAUAGUCAUAUGAAAGCCCAUCAACAGAGUUCAGCCACUGGAGUCUAACCUUUUUGUUUUGGGUGACUGAAAUUCAUUUGAUAGAGCUUUGUAACAUUUAAAAAAAAAAGAUAAAGAAAAAGAAGACGACUUUUCUGUUUCUAAGUUAGAAGGAAGCUGGACUUUAACUGCAGAAUGAGGAGGCUGCUGUGCUUUACCCCCAGGUGCCUCUGGAGUUCCAUGCCAGCACUCUUUGCUUUAACCCUCGCCCUGCUUUCUUGCUGUUGGGCCACAGAGUAUGAGUACCUCAGCUGGCAGUCUGACCUGUACACCGGUGGGCGCAUCUAUGGCAAGCAGCCGCAGUGCGUGGACAUCCCAGACGACCUGAGGCUGUGCCACAAUGUGGGCUACCAGCAAAUGUUGCUGCCCAACCUUCUGGAGCACGAGACCAUGGCUGAGGUGAGGCAGCAGGCAGGCAGCUGGGUGCCCCUGGUCCACAAGAACUGCCACCCGGGCACCCAGGUGUUCCUGUGCUCCUUGUUUGCGCCAGUCUGCCUGGACCGGCCCAUCUACCCGUGCCGCUGGCUGUGCGAGGCAGUGCGAGACGGGUGCACCCCCAUUAUGGAGGCGUUUGGCUUCCCCUGGCCCGAGAUGCUCACUUGUGAGAAGUUCCCACAGGAUGAUGUCUGCAUCGCCAUGAGCCCUGCUAAUGCCACGGAGACCACCAAGACGCAAGACUCUGGCAUCUGCCCGCCAUGUGACAACGAAAUGCAAACAGACGUCAUCCUGGAGCACAUGUGUGCCAGCGAGUUCGCCAUCAAGACAAAAAUCAAGGAGGUGAAGAGGGAAAACUCGGACCGGAAAGUGAUCCUGCAGAAGAAGAAGAAAGCCUUGAAGCUGGGAAGCCUCAAGAAGAAGGAUAUGAAGAAGCUGGUGCUGUAUCUGAAGAACGGAGCAGACUGCCCCUGCCAGCAGCUGGACAACCUGGGCAACAUGUACCUCAUCAUGGGCCGCAAAGUGGACAAGCAGUACCUGCUAACAGGCAUCCACAAGUGGGACAAGUCCAGCAAGGAGUUUAAAAAGGCCAUGAAGAAAGUCAAGAGCCAUAAGUGCCCAGCCUUUGAGACUGUCUUCAAAUGAUCUGCAAUGCAUUUGCCUUUGCAUCUCAUGAACUUGCACAAAAACCCCUAACUUUUAUAUAUAUAUAUAUAUAU